ACAAUUAUGGCGGACCGAAACGUCCUGCUUCAUUUCCUGUGACGCUGCUCCUGACCAAUCAGAAUCGACUUAAACCCUGCGUCACGGCCAAUUGCACGAGGAGUUGCUCUUCUUGAAAACAUGUCGCCGAUGAAGCUGUGUGUUCCAGGUGACAAACUGUGCAGCGUUGAAGACUGUAGUCCAGGCACAGGAGUGUAUCUGCGCCAUGGCUACAUAUACUCCUCAUUAGCAGGUUAUGUGCUCAGGAAAAAAGAGGGGGAGGAGUUACCAGUGAUCUCAGUGGUCAGAGAAACCGAAACGCAACUACUACCUGAUGUUGGCACCAUAGUCACCUGUAAGGUUACCAGCAUCAACCCCAGGUACGCUAAGGUCCACAUACUCUACGUGGGCUCCACACCCCUAAAAGACCGUUUCAGAGGGACGAUCAGAAAAGAAGAUGUGCGAGCAACAGAAAAGGACAAGGUAGAAACGUACAAAAGCUUCCGGCCUGGUGACAUCGUCCUGGCUAAAGUUAUUUCCCUUGGCGACGUUCAGUCUAACUACCUGUUGACAACGGCAGAGAACGAGCUGGGAGUGGUAGUGGCACACAGUGAAGCAGGUGCCCAGAUGGUUCCCAUCAGCUGGUGUGAGAUGCAGUGCCCACAGACACACACCAAGGAGUUUCGCAAAGUGGCACGAGUACAGCCAGAGUUCCUCCAAGCAUGAGAGCCCUGAAACGAGGAACACGCAGCUUCACACAAGGUCGUCCAGUAGCCCCCUGGACUGGCUGCUUUUGGCUAUAAGUCUUUAAAUGUUUGCCACAAAAAUGACUGAUACAGAACUCUUUAGAAAAAUGAAUGACUUUGUUCACUCUGGGUUGAGAAGCAUAAAGCAUGUGACUUUUGUACUGCUUUUGCACUACGAAUGAAGGUGUUUAUCACAGAUCCAAAUGAUGCUGCAAUUUAAUUUUGUUUUUAAUCAAAAGUUUUAAUACUACUUUUGAAGUAGUAAAGUACAUCAUAGUUAUUUUUUGGUCGGUUACCUUAAUUUUUCUCAGCACAUAUACAACGAAUAAAAUGAUUGGUUUCAUUUUAUCUAGAGUUGAAUUCACCAGUUAUAUCCAUUAAGUUAAUGUGUCUUUUAAAUUUGUUUGUACCCCCUGUUUUAUUGUGUAAAAAAUCAAAAUAACUCACCUGGGCAUAGAACAGACACUGUGAAGCCAAAGCAGCAUCCACUUGCUGCUUCCAUAGGAUUCAUGAAGGUAAUCUACUGGGCUUCAGCAGCAGUUCUAACUGCUGGGUAGCCCAGGUUCCUGUCUGUGUGGAGUUUGCACGUUUUUAAACUGCUGCACCCUCCUCUCACUGUGUAAUAACAUAAAGUCAACUGAAGAUUC